AUGUCGAAGAGAGGACCUGACACCGAGGAAUACCCAAGACGCGUUUUCAACACAGUGAAAAGACCAAAGAUCAAUCAUGACGACAACCGUCCUUGGCUCAGACUGAGUCAUCAUAGCUACACCGUCGGUUGGAUUUGUGCUGUCGAACCCGAACACGUCGCUGCGACAGUCUUUCUCGACGAAGAACACGAAGGACUGGAUAGUCUGUCUAGCAAAGAUAACAAUACCUACACAUUAGGGAGGAUCGGAGGACAUAAUGUUGUCAUUGCCGUCAUGCCAAAUGAUUAUGGCACAACAUCUGCAUCAUUAGCUGCGAGGGACAUGCUCCACAGCUUUUCGAACAUUCGAACGUGUGUCAUGGUUGGAAUUGGCGGCGGUGCACCAAGUCCCAAGCAUGAUAUCCGGUUGGGGGACGUUGUCCCACCAUUAUUUUUGCAGACGGCAGUCAAAGCAUUGAGAACCAAAUAUGCGAUUAGCGGUCACCGUCUUCAAGAAGCAAUUAGCGAUGUCUUGGAGAAACACCCUCGGAUAGCGAAAGACUAUAAGCAGCCGAACCCGAACACUGACAGGCUUUACAAAGCGCAUGUUAUCCAUCCAAAUGGAGAGGAAAGCUGUGCUGCUAUUUGUGGAGAUGAUCUGUCUAAUCUCGUCGAGCGGCCGGAACGCAAGGAGAAUCCAGUGAUUCACUACGGCCUCAUUGCUUCCGCAAAUCAGGUUAUGAAGGAUGCUACCGUUCGAGACACAUUGGCAGAAAAUAAAGAUGUCCUGUGUUUUGAAAUGGAAGCGGCAGGAUUGAUGAAUCAUUUCCCGUGCUUGGUCGUUCGGGGUAUUUGCGACUAUGCAGAUACGCAUAAGAAUAAGGAGUGGUAA